AGUCGUUAGGGGGCACUGCAUCUUUACCGUUCUCGGAAGUUGUGAAACGCUGAUGCGCAGUUGCUGUUUUGAAAUCAUUGAACGCGGCGUGAGAAACGAUUAACUGUGAAAACACAUCCAUUAUUAGAGUUAAUAUUCUACCUAUAGCUGAUCCGGUAUGGAUAUAGAUAGCGGGGCAUACGGACCAGGAUUUGUUGGGAUCCGGUUUUGUCAGGAAUGUAACAACAUGCUGUAUCCGAAAGAGGACAAGGAGAACCGGGUCCUGCUUUAUGCGUGCAGAAACUGUGAUUACCAACAGGAGGCAGAUAACAGCUGCAUCUACGUGAAUAAGAUCACCCAUGAAGUAGAUGAGUUGACCCAGAUCAUUGCUGACGUAUCACAGGAUCCGACUCUUCCAAGGACGGAGGAUCACCCCUGUCCCAAAUGUGGUCACAAGGAGGCAGUGUUUUUCCAGUCUCACAGUAUGAAGGCCGAGGAUGCAAUGAGGUUGUACUACGUCUGCACAGCGCCUCACUGUGGACACCGAUGGACAGAGUAAAGGAGAUGAAGACAAACAUUUUAUCUUUUACAUGUGUUUUAUUCAACGUUUCAUUGGACAAUUCCACUUCUAGGACUUAGUCGUUAACCCUCACUGCUGAUGUUUGUGGGUUCUAAAUUCCUCAUUAUGUAAAGUAUCUGUAUGACUCUAGCUUAUGAAUAUAUAAAUAUAUAUAUUUAGUACUUGUUUGUUUUUUUAUUAAAAGAAUCAGUUGUUUAAAA